GGAAUGGCGACGGUCGAGACGUUUUUGGAGGCCAGAGUCGAGCUGGAUUUGACCAAACAGAAGCGGAUCACAGGAAUCCCGUCACUUCCAGCUGAACUCUCAGUGAUAGCGUCCCAGAAUGGAGCCUGAGGUGACGGCGUCGUCAUCGUCGACGCUGGUCUCGUCCUCCGCUCCGCAGACCUCGACCACUCAGGCCAACCUGGCAGCAAAACAGCGAGACAGCAGGAAGACCACAUCCACCACUCCCGCCUUUCUCUCCAACCUGGGGAGGGCCACCCUGCGGGGCAUCCGCAAGUGUCCUCAGUGUGGCGUCUACAACGGCACCCGUGGGCUCAGCUGCAAGAACAAGGCCUGUGGGGUGUCCCUCAGAAAUGCCUCCGCGGGGGCCAGAAACGGCAAGAAGUGUGCAGUGGAGGUGGUGAAAGUGAUAAUAGACAGUGAGGAGAGAGGCGGGAAAGAGCGCGAGGGGGGAGGAGUCCUGGGCGGCGGCUCGGGCGGAGGAGUCCAGGUGUUUUCAGUGUGUCACAGAGGAAGAGGAGCCACGUCUACACAGCUGGGCUUCGUUGAGCUGGUCCCCACUGACACCGCCAUAGCGACAGGUGACGGCGCCACCCUGCUAACCCGCAUCAACCUGGGCCGCUGCUUUUUGCCUUCCUGCAGGCAGGGUCAAAGGUCAAAUCAGGGUGAGGCAGAAUCGGCGACGGCCAGUUCCAAACAGUCCUCCGACAGCCUCUGCAUCCACAUCAAGCAGGCCAUCGAGUGUCAGAGCCGCGCCACGCCGCUGACCUUAAAGAGCUCCGUCCUGGAGGGGCUGCAGGCCUCCAUCCAGGCCAGGGAGGAGCUGUGGAGGCUGGCCACCGAGUCUCCGGGACCCCUGGUGCAGCGCGUUUCAAAAGACACCCUGGUGGUGAAGUGCCACACGGAUUCCCAUCAUCCUCUGGGCCUGCUGCAUCUCACUGUGGGUGCAGGUGGACUGUCUGAGGCCUCGAAGAGUGAGAGGAGGGGCAGAGAGACGCAGCAGCAGGGCGUUUUCCACUGCGCCUGUCAGGUCGGCAGCAGCGGCAGAAGAAAUAAACCAGGUGCUGAUGGAGGAGGCGGAGCCACCGGCUCUCAUCCUCCUGCCGGCUCAGCCACGCCGCAACCCUGCCUUCACUUCUACGCCUGUGUGUGUGCCUUUGCCAGCGAUGAGAAACUGGCUUCAGAGUUCGCUGCUUUCAUCAACUACACCCCCAGUGGUGUGCAGCAGAGUGUUUCCAGUAGAGUAACUGGUCCCAGUGAGAAACCUCUGCAGCAGGCCGAACCAGUCAACUCCCAUCACAAAGUGAAGAAACUUCGCCUGGAUGAGUCUCUCUCUGGGAACACGCAGGCUGUGGACGAGCGGACUGUCACGCUGGGUUUCCAUCAGUGGCUCGCCAGUGUCACGGAGAGGAUCCACCAGACGAUGCACUACCAGUUUGACGGGAAACCACAGCCUCUGGUCUACCACAUUCCCCAGGAGUUCUUCAACGCGCUGCAGCACCGCCUGUCGCUCGGAUCCAAGAAGAGGAGGCUGCCGAACUUCACAACAGCGUUUGUGAGAAACGACGGACUUCCUCUCGGCUCGUUCUCCAAGUACACCUGGCACAUCACCAACCUCAUGCAGGUCAAACGCAUCUUCGACACUCCAGAGUUGCCUCUGGAGGUCUCUCAGAGUUUUGUAAAAAACGUCGACGGCUCGUAUUCACGUUUCCGCUGCCCCGAGCCGCCGCCUGAACCAGAGCUACCAGACGGAUACAGGACAGAUCGGCCACAGGCCAUCCGACCCAUGGAGCUCCGCACCUUCCUCAAAGUCGGACCAGGCACGGCCGACCAGAAGGAGGCCAGUCCGUUCGUGAUCGAGUGGAUCCCGGACGUUCUCCCCCGCUGUCAGAUGGGAGAGCUCAGGAUCGGCUUUGAGUUCGGCCACCAGCAGAGCGGUCAGCCGGAGCACUGUGACAAAACGAGCGUGGCGGAGAAAGGGGGUCGGAACAAGCCGGACUCCACCCAAUCCAAACACACGAAGGCUGUUGAAAUCCUUCAGGUGGUUGUUUAAAGGCUCUUCAGUCUCUUCCUCAUCAUCAAUCAUUGAUUUUUAACUUCAACACUUGGUCAUUGAGACGUUUCUGAUAAGGAUUGAUAUUUCUCAUUGACAUAUACAGUGGGACUCACCCAUAUGUCCAUGUUACAUAUGCAGUGUUUGGAUAAUCAAUAACCACGUCCAUUAUACAGUAUAAUAUUGACCAGUACUCAUGUUAAUGCCUUUUCCUUAAUACUAAAUAUGCACACAGUAUCACACAGUAAAAACAAAACAAAAAAGGAGGUAUAUUUUUAAAUAUACAAUAUAUAUAUAUUUUUAUAGCAAAUUAGCAAAACAUUUUUGACAAAUCAUACAACCAGUUAAGAGCAUUUUAAAAACAAUCAUGUAAAAUUAAUGGAAAUAGAUGUUCAUCCAUUUCCUGACUUUUC